AUGGACCUAUCUACAUUGGGUUCUCUACAGCAGGGCACGCUUUUUGCCCUUCUUAUUCUUGGCCAUGCUUUUCCAAUAUUCGCUUUCAUCUCCUUAUUGCGUGCGAUAUCGUUCCGAACUGCGCUGAACGAUGCCCCAAGCGAGGAAAAGGGUGACCAAACAGUGUCCCAAAUGCCGAUAUUGCAACUCGAGGAACAAAUAGGCUGUUACAAAGAGGAUGAAUUGCCUACCAAAUUAAUAGACAAAGCAAAAAUCAGAAUGGUAGUGAGGGAGGUUCAAGCCGAUAUAGGAUUAUGGAAUGGCCAUGAACUUUGUGCUGCCACAGACUCGCAACAUUGUGACGAGACCGAGCGAAGUUCUUCCGUCAGCGUGAAUAACAAAAGAAAAGACAUUCAAAAUUGCAAGGCACACAUUCAAGGCCUAAUUUCUUGGUCCAAGGGCAUGAUCCACCGAUCAGCCAACCGUCUGUCUUGCAGAGACUCAAUCUGCUGCAAUGCACCAGAUGGUAUACAGUAUAUGGCACUUUGUUUAAUAACUGGGCUUAUUAUACUAUACUUCAUCGGGUUCCUCAUUCUUGGUAUCGUGAGUAUUGGCCUAUGGUCAAAGUUCGUCCGCCCAGAUAUUCCACGGGAGGAUAAAGCCUCUCCUUUUUGGGCGGGCGCUUUUCUUGCUGCAUCUGCGCUUUGCAACAACGGGAUGUCCCUCAUUGACACUAAUAUGGGCCCUUAUCAAACAGAGCCCUUUCCACUUCUUGCCUGCGGCUUUCUCAUCCUUGCUGGAAAUACUCUUUUCCCCUGCUUACUGCGCUUCUUCAUCUGGGUAUUGAGAAUGAUGUUACCAAAUAGUCCCACUUGGCAGUUAUGGCGACGAACUUUCGAUUUUACUCUUUCUCAGCCCCAUAAGGUCUGCGCUUACUUGUACCCUGCCUGCCAUACAUGGUUCGUGUUGGGCACAAUUAUUUUUCUCAAUGGCCUCAUGUGGGGUGGUUUCGAGAUUUCUGCGAUUCAUAAUGAGGAGAUCGGCUCUCUUGCAGUCAACUUCCGAGUCCUAGAUGGGCUUUUCCAAGCUUUAGCUGUGCGUGGUGGGGGGUUUUCUGUUGUCGCAUUCGAUCGCUUGCCACAGGGCAGCACAGAGGUUGCGGAUAAUGGGCCCGCAGAACACCUUCAGCAAGAACCCCCUCGCCCGCGCUUCUCAAGAUUUUCCCAUGGCCGCUUUGUGUACAAACAACUUCGGUCUCAAUUCAGCCACGAUAUCUGGUGGCUCUCCCUUGCAAUCCUCCUCAUAACAAUCAUCGAAUCGGGUCACUUCACAGCUGAACCCUUGGCCUUUUCCACCUUCAAGAUUAUCUUCGAAGCUGUGUCUGCAUACAGCUGCGUCGGUGUGUCUAUUGGUUAUCCCGGUCAGAGUUACGCGUUUUGUGGUGCAUGGCACACACUUAGCAAACUAUUGCUUAUCGCAGUUUCAUUGCGAGGAAGACACCGUGGUCUGCCUGUCAUUGUUAACGCCGAUCCCUUUCUUCAAGCACGAGGUAUCACUGGAACAGAGAAGAAACAGCUGGAGAAAGAUAGGUAUGUGAAUAUCCACAAAACUUCUUUUGAUCCCGUUUAA